AUGCAAAUUCGUUAACCAACACGAUAUCCUGUAGUACCGCAAUUCUAAAAUCUGAACCAAUAUGGUCCUUUUGUCUCACCAACACAACGCACAUCUCAAAUCUAAAGAAUUGGAACUCCAAAUACAUUACGUUUUGACUACCAGAGAUUAAGAAAUACUCAAUCUAUGCAACAAUAUCCGAUUAUGGCACAAACUUCAGUAGCCACUCCACAAAAAGUCAUUGCAAAAAAACCACACAUCAAAAUGCCUCAACCUGGACAAACUGUUUCACAGUCGUAGACGCCUUCCUAUGACCCUGCCCUUAUGGUUGGACUGAUCAAGGAAAAUCAGGAGAUCAAGGCUAAGAUCGCUUAGAAGGAGAAGGAGCUUCAAUUACUAAAUGAAGAAAUUGCUUUGUUUGAAUAAAAAUCAUGA